CUCGGAGCAGAUUCAGCAGCAGCGGGCGGGCGGACGGCGGACGGGCUGCUGUCUGUGCUGUGGGUCGCUCGCUCGGACGGUCGGAGGAGUUACGGUGUCCUGUCCUCUCUGAGCCUCUUUCUGUCUUAUCGUAGCCUCUUCUGACCCGUCCUCGGGACAGCAGUCAGAGCCUGGACCACACCAGCAGCAGCAGCAGCACGGGAGGAAAUCCAGCGAGUGGAUCAGUUAGGAGAUGUUUUUGAUCCACAGGAGUUUGAGAAGAUAUGAUUUCAAGUGGAUAUAAACUACCACAGACCGAGCGAGCCGGAGCUGUGCACUGCGCUAUUGGAAAGACAGAAAGACAAUUUGCGGGCUUGGUGGAGGAGGUAUAUCCAUAACUCAUAAAGCUGUUUAUUAUCACGCUUUUACAGCUUUUCUCAAUGCGCCUUAACGACCAUCCAGGAACAAUGAGCAGCGGAUCUGGCAACUUUCUGCUAGUUCCCAUACCGGAGUACCCCGUCCUGGACUGUGUGCCUAAUAAAAACGUUAAAAUAGUCGUUUUGGGAGCGAGUAACGUCGGCAAAACAGCCUUGAUAGUAAGAUUCCUGACCAGGAGAUUCAUUGGAGAUUAUGAAGCUAACACAGGGGCCUUGUACUCGAGGAAAAUCAGUCUAGACGGAGAGCAGGUUUCCUUACAAGUGCAGGACACUCCCUGCGUCUCCCUGCAGGACGAUGCAGAGGGUUUGUACUGCCAGGAGCAGAUCAACCGGUCCAUCUACUGGGCUGAUGGUUACGUUCUAGUCUUCUCCAUCACUGACCUGCACAGCUACAGGACCAUCCAACCUCUGUAUCAACACGUGCGCCGUAUCCACCCCAGCGGCAACAUCCCCAUCAUUCUAGUGGGCAACAAGAAUGACCUACUGCGGGCGAGGCAGGUACCGGCUCACGAGGGCGAGGCGCUGGCCGCUGAGCUGGGCGGACCGUACUUCGAGGCUUCGGCUCGGGAGAACCACGAGGGUGUGCACACCGCCUUUCUGCACCUGUGCCAGGAGGUCAGCCGGGCGCUGGGAGGAGGAAACGGGGAGAAGAGGAGAGGGGGUCUUCAUCUCGCUCGACCUAAGAGCCCAAACAUGCAGGAGCUGAAGAGACGCUUCCGACAAGUGCUAUCAUCUAAAGUGAAGUCAGCCACUGCACUUUGAUGAAGAUGAAGAAGACAGUGAAGAUGAUCUUGCUGAUAAGGAUAAAAAUCCAAAGACUGCAUCAGGGAGCAGAUUGAGAGGCAUGUUCUGGUAUGCCCUUAAUCAUCAUGAGUGGUCAAAGGGUCAAAGUUGGAUCGUUUUAAAAUAUGAAUGAGAUUGGAAUACAUUUUCAUACAUAAACUGUUUGGAUUGUGUUGUUAACUUUCAUCUAAGGCAUCCGUUCCCUGGAUGGACACACAAUGGGAUUGAUAAAUGAUGAAUGUUAUUUUGUAAUGACUUUUAUAGGCCUAUACACCAAAGCAGUCAUCUGGCAUGCCUGAUAUAACAAUAACAAUAACAAUCUGUUUCUUUGGCUGAGGUACAAAGCUUUAGUAUAGCCACAAAAGAUCAAUAUCACAAUAAUGAUUAAACCAUUAAAUACACCAACCAGCCAUAACAUAGAAACCACUGACAGGUGAAGUGAACAAUUCAGUUGUUUUUUUCAACUGUCCAAUGAAAAACAAGUAUCUCCAUUUUUGUAAAUUUUUAGUUUACUACACAAUUUGAACACACAAACUCUCCCUUACACUGUGACAAAAUUUCUUGAUAAAUGUACCAGUAGAAAUUCUUCAAAAUUACCUGAAAUAAACUCGUUUUACAUUGACUUCCAUUAAAAGUUUAGAAGGUUAUUUCUCUCUCCUGUAACGUUGCUGUUUUGGAGAAACUUGUCUUUCAUUGGACAGCGACGAUAUACAGUACAUAUAAGGCAGCAGGUGAAGAUCUUAGAUCUUGAAAUUUGAAGUAUUGGAAGCAGGAAAAUGGACGAGUGCAAGAACAUAAGCCACAUUUUUACAAUGGCAAGAUUGAGAUGGCAAGACAACUGGGUCAGACCUAGGGGUGGGCGAUAUGGCCCUAAAAUAAUAUCACGAUAUUUCAUGGUAUUUUUGCGAUAACGUUACUCUUGAAGAUAUGACAAAACACAGAUUUUUUUUUUUCAAGAUUACACUACUGCACAAUACUAAUAAUGCACCCCAUAUGUCUCUAUAUAUCCAGUGCUGCAGUAAAAUUAAUGAUACUGAACAGAUUGGAUUUGUCUCUAGUAGAUAUUUAAUGGAAAAUGAGAACAGUGUGAUUUUUUCUUUUGCUAAAAUGAUGUGAUAAUUAGGGAUGAGUGAUAUGGCACUAUAUUUCAGGGUUUAAUAUUGUUUGUGAUAUUCAAAAAUGUUGGCGAUAUUAUCGGGUACGAUAUGAUAUGGCACACCCCUAGUCAGAAAAUCAACAAAACAUCAGACAGCUGGACAGCUUGUAUGGUGUUCCUGGUAUGCAGUGGUCAAUACCAACCAAACAAUGCACCACCGAAUGGCAGCUAGUGAAAAAGUGACAGGGUCAUGGGCACCCAAAUCUCACUAAUGUGCUCCAUAUGGAAGCCCCAUCUCACAACGUAUAGGAUCUGCUGCUAAUGUCUCGUCUUGGUGCCAGAUGCCACAGAACACCUUCAGAGGUCUUCUGGAGUUCAUGCAGUUCUGGCAGCACAAGGAUGGCCUGCACAGUAUUAGACAGGCGGUUUAAACGUUACGGCUGAUUGGUGUAUAAUGUAGCCCUAAUGUUUUGUUUGACAACCUGUGAGAUCUGCUGCUAACAUUUGUUCAGGUGUUUGUUCAGAUUUGUUCAUCCAUGAUAUAAUACCCAUAAAGCACCAGUGUCCAGCAGUGCCCCUGUUGCCAAGCAGCUCUGAUUUUUUUUUUUUUUACAAUCUGUUUUGUGUGCUCGACUUGUGGUAUCCAGGAACUGAGAGCUAACUGCAAUGUGUGUCAUCUGCCUGGUGCUGAAACCAUUAAAAUGAAAGAAAAAAUCAGGUUUCUCUUCUGGACCAACGUAUGC